GAACCGCCGUAAUGGACGAUAAUUGGUGGAGAAGGAUUUAAAGCACUGUGCUUCAUGCGGUUCCGUUUGCUCUCUGGCGAUCCAUCUCCAGUCCACUGUGAUUCCCUCCGGCUAACCAGCAUCUCCUAAUCCACCCUCUCCAGUUUCCUAUACACUCUGUCUCACCCAGGGUCGCCCACCGCCUUCCCCGUUCUUCCCAUCUGCGACGGAUGGAUAGUAGGCCCGCGUCCACCCUGCGCACCCUCCAGACAUGGGCUGUCCCUUUCAGAGAGACAGUCCCACCCGUUCCAGAUCUUCCUGGUCGCCUACUGCCCCAGCCAUCUUCGUCUCCUCACAAUUCUGCCCUUGACAAUGCCCCGGACUACUCGGACUCGGACGACGAUGAUAGUAUCUGGCAAGCUAGACCUCGCGAACGCCAACCUCGGAGAUCUUCAGGCCAGCGCCUGCCCUACCAGCGAUCGUUUGUUAAGCCAACGUUCCAAUGGAUCAGAGGGGAGCUUCUUGGGAAAGGAAGCUAUGGACGGGUUUACCUUGCCCUCAACGCAACCACAGGGGAGGUCAUGGCAGUCAAGCAGGUCGAGCUACCAAAGACCCCCAGUGACAAGAUGAAGCCUCAGCAGCUAGACGUUAUGAAAGCUCUCAAAUUCGAGGGAGAUACCCUCAAGGACUUGGAUCAUCCCAAUAUUGUCUCUUACCUCGGGUUCGAAGAGAGCCAGGACUACUUGAGCAUUUUCCUGGAAUAUGUUCCAGGCGGUACAGUCGGGUCUCUCCUGGUAAAAAAUGGUCGACUGCGGGAGGAAGUCACCAAGUCAUGGCUUAGACAAAUUCUUCAAGGGUUGGACUACCUCCACGGUAAAGGCAUCCUUCACAGAGACUUGAAGGCGGAUAACAUCCUCGUCGACCAUUCCGGGGUUUGCAAGAUAUCAGACUUUGGUAUCUCCAAGAAGGCAGGGGAAAUUAAUCGUGCAAAAGCGCACACCGGAAUGAAAGGUACCAGUUUCUGGAUGGCACCAGAGAUACUGUCACCCGGAGAGAAAGGGUACGAUGUCAAGGUUGACAUCUGGAGUGUGGGCUGCGUGGCUGUGGAAAUGUGGACCGGUAAACGCCCAUGGUACGGCCACGAAUGGUGGCCUGUGUUGAUGAAGGUUGCUGAGGACAAGUCACCGCCCCCAAUCCCUGAGGAUAUACCGAUGGGUCAUCUGGCACAGAGUUUCCACAAUCAAUGUUUUCGCCCAGAUCCCGCCGACCGACCACAUGCCUCUGUGAUGCUUAAGCACCCUUACCUGGAAAUUCAAUCUCCCUGGGUGUUCAAUUGGGACGAUCUGGCCGACAAUUCGAGACCGCCACGGAUCUAUCCUGAGCUAGUCCCUCCAGUAGUCCGCGAGCGGACCGUAACCCAAUCCACAUUCAAAGCUAAUGGCCCACCUACAGAGAAGCCCAGGGCUCACAAACCCCCACUGGAGCCCCUCAAAAUUCCUGCGUAUGGACCCACAUCAACCCAAAGAAAACCCAGCGUCAAUGGGGCUGGACCUCCAGUCGUGUGGAUCACCCCUCCGAACACCCCACGGAGAACAGCCAAGCCGGAAGACUCUAGCGCUUCCACAAGUACCUCUGACGCAGCCCCUUGGAAGAGCACUUCUAAGCGUCGACUUGUCAUCGUCAACCCCGACCUUGACGACGACAUCGGACCCGCACCCCAGAAUACCCCACCGAAACCCAAGUUCGUGUACACACCGCCCCCUCUGCCGGACCCUCCUCAGCCUCCGUAUGCUUCUUCACCCCGACCCUUACGCCAUGCCGUUAGCACGAGUUUUGCUUCUGUGUCGUCGAUGGGAUCGAUUUCCUCGAAGGCGGGCUCACCCUCUCGCCCCCGUGCCCUGGUCGACCCAGGACUUUCUUCCACGCGGACACCCCCAAGGCCACUCCCGAACCCCUUGUCUCCUCCCCUAGGUCGGUCCCCUGCACCCCUCCCCGUCUUGCCCUCCCCUUCAAAGCGAAGGGGAUCCAGCCGCGACAGAUCACACACGGUACAUACUACCUUUGACGCCUCGGCCUCUAAAUUAUACGAGGAAGGUAAUCCAACCGCCAAAGCUUCUGUUCACAACCUCCCGAUCUCCUCUUCCGGCUCCCGCACCAUCCGCCGCCUUCCCAUCUCGCCUCAACAGUUGAACCACGGCAGACCUGCAACCACGACCACACCUUCGAUGCCAGGCUCCUCGACCCCUCGGCCACUGCGACCACAGAAAUCAGUCCCUGAUGUAUCCAUCUUUGCUUUCAGCCGCGACGCUUAUCAUUCCCGGCAUCAUCCUUCGUUCAAGUCGAAGAGCAAUCGUCCACUUUACACCUCACGCGGAAGCUUCGACUCGGAACCAGAAGAUAUCAACGGGGCAUCUGACAACGACAGUGUUUCUUCGACGUCUACGACUCAUACCAAGCAUCCGCAGCGAGGCGAAUCACUGUUGGCGAUGCGGCCACGGACGGAGGACGUGUAUAAAGAUUUAGAGGCUUGGUUCCCGAAUCAUGAUCUCGACCGGCCAGUGGAUGGCGCCGACACACCCGCCUCGGGAGCGCUGGAACCCAGGCAUCACAGGGUGGACGUCAGGAAGAGUAUUCGAAUGAUCGCCAAGGAGCAAAACAGGCGCUCUCAUAACGAUCCAGCUUCUUCUCGUCGGCGAACGAUGCUGUGGAACACACAUAUGGAAGAACUUUCGAGCGACAAGAGAAAGGACAGCAUGCCGCGCUUUUAG